AUGGACUGGCAAUACUCGGGCUCAGUCACCAAAUCUACUGCCGAGUUGCAGCGACUGGUGGACGACGUCCUUCUCGACCCCCGCUUCGAGAAGGACGAACUCCUGGGCUUCAGCACUACCCGGGAGAAGCGUCGCCUCGACGACUUUCAACCCGCCGCGGGGGUAUUUUCGGCCCACGACGGCUGGCGGGAGAUCGAGGUGGAGCUCCGCGCCCCCAAGGAGCGGGAGCAGCACGAGAGCGAGGGCAACACUGAGUCCUUCUUCGUCCAUGGUAUCUGGGCCCGGAGCCUCACCGAGGUCAUCAAAAUGGGGUUCCGGGACAUUGUUGCCCGGAAGUACCAUUGGUUCCCCCAUCUACUUUUCCGCAGGCGGUCCCCAGACGCACCUCCCGAACGGAUCUAUACCGACGUUUACAAUUCUGACGCAAUGCUCGAACAGCAUGAGAACCUUCAGAAGCAGCCACGAAACCCGGCAGAUAGCCCCGACAUCGAAUACGUUGUUUGUGCCGUUACCGUCUACUCCGACUCCACGCAUCUUGCCCAGUUCGGGACCGCCUCCAUGUGGCCUAUACACGUACUAUUCGCCAAUUUGUCUAAGUACUUUCGCCUCAGACCAUCAAUGUUUGCAACUCACCAUCUCGCAUAUAUCCCAAACCUACCUGACGCACUUUUCGAAUGGUACAAAGAUCUUUACGGUGCCCCUCCCUCCGCGGCCGUCAUCCGACUACUCAAGCACGACCUCAUGCAAAAAAUAUGGCUUCAACUCCUCGACGCAGAUUUUAUGCACGCAUUUGAGCACGGCAUGCUGGUGGAGUGUGGCGACGGAGUCCUUAGACGGCUCUUUCCGCGCAUAUUCUUGUACUCUGCUGACUAUCCAGAGAAAUGUCUCGUCGCCUGCCUCAAAUUCCUUGGCAAGUGCGCUUGCCCGGCAUGUCUCAUCGAAAAGAAGGAUUUCGGCAAGAUGGGCACGAAGAUUGACCUCAAACACCGGGUGACGAAGAAGCGCGAGGACACUGGUUUUCUCCGCGCUGCUAUUGCGAAAGCUCGCGAAUGGAUCUUCAGUCUGGGUCGUGCCCCCGAGGGCUCCAACAUCAAGGCGACUCUCCUGAACAAGGUCUCGGUCACGCCCACUCGGUCGGCUUUUUCUAUCAGAUUUGCGAAAUUUGGUCACAACUUCUACGAUCUCUUCGCGCCCGAUCUCAUGCACGAGUUCGAGCUUGGCGUUUGGAAGGCAACCUUCACGCACCUCAUCCGCGUGCUCAUGGCGGCCGGAAGCAAUGGCGUACAGGAGCUUGAUCGCCGGCAAGUCCUGUCGUUAUUCGCCCCAGCGUGA